AUGAAUAUGCAUAGUGCCUGCUACCAGCGCUUUUACAACUACGUCGCCAUUUCGCUGGGCAUGACUUCGUUCAACUACAACGCCACCACGGCCACUUACAAGCAACGGCUGUGGAUGCGGGUGUUGGCUCUGGUGGGAAAUCUGUGCACGGUUCUGUCGCUGCCUUUUAUCUUCAGGGACGCCAUGGAGCGCACCUCUGCGAUACAGUGGAAUCCCACGAUGACCUACACGAAUUACCUAACAUACAGUGUGCGCACCUUGGUGGUGCUCUACACCAUAUUGAAGCGUGGAAAAAUCGACUUGGUCAACUAUGAAGUGCUGCGUAAGUACCGCUGUUUGCGUGAGACUUACCUGGGUCAGCUGCCGCGUGUGGCUCUCAUCGAACGGCGCAUGAAUCGACUCUUCUAUGCCAAAUAUAUAAAUAUGAGCAUGCUAAUUCUUCUAACGGCGGUGAUCUUUCUACAAAUCAGGGGGUUUGAGUUCACUUGGUCGAAUUUGUAUCUCUUAUUGAUGGUACUGCAAACGACGGCCAUACUGCAUCUGACGAUAUUCAACUUCUUUUGGUUCUUGUGGUCCAUUUGUUGUAGUCUGAAGUACGUGCAAUGGCGCAUACGAAAUUUGUUGCUGGAGAUGAGUGAGAGCGUACGGACGGGCAAGCGCUGGCGUCUGAACAUGUUGGCCGCGGAAGUCCAGCGCAUAUUGGAGGCGCACUGGCAGCUGUCGGAACUGGCGCGGUUGGUGACGCAGAACUAUCGCUUUUUGGCACUGGCAUUGUUCUUUGAUGAGAUUACUUCGGUCGUGCGGCAACUCUACUAUGGCUUCAUCUUCACCUUCGACCACAGAGCUGAGCUUUAUUUCUUAGUUGUUGGCACUGUUUAUUUCUUCGCUAUGGUAUUGGACGUGUACCUGAAUUUCUUGAUAUGUGACAUAACUGUAAGGGCUUACUAUGCGUGUGUGCAUCAAUUGGACAAUAUUUAUGCAUUGGACUCGCACUGCAAGGCCCUCGAAGAAACGGUGAGUUGA